AUGGUCAAGCGAACUCUCGCUCUUCUGGCCUUGGCUGCUCCGGCCUUCGCUGGUGUCAUUGAACGCGGCGAAGGAAAAGAUAACGGGGACUGGGGCUGGGGUGGUCAUAAGGACAAGCACUCUUCGUCUUCCCAUGUGAAGCCUCCUCCUGAGCCGACCACCACAUGGAAGCAGCCGUCCACCUCGGCCACUUCGUCUUCAACCUCUUCGACCUCUUCGGCUGCUACUUCGGAGACUACUUCUUCCUGGGUGAAGCCGUCCAGCACUCACCACCACCAUAAGCCAACUGAGACGACUGUCGCUCCCAGCAGCAGCAGCUCGGUUCCGGGUACCACGGUGAUCAAUUCGACUCCAUGCACCUGGGCCACCAUCG